UUUAGAUUCAGCUGAUGAACAAUCUGCCUGGUGGUCUGUAACAAAUUUUUGCACCCAUGUCCCUGCAAUGGGCACCGCUGAGCUGUUCAGCCUGAUCCUGGCCCGGGGGCGUGAGAUAGAGGAGUGGGAGGCGGGCUUUCUACGUCUCCCCUUGUUUCAUCCGCUGGUUGUUUUUCCUCGCCUGUUUAUGCCACCCAGAAGCUAACUAGUCAGGAAAAAAAACUUUGUUUUCUGGCUGGGUGUGAAUUAUUUCCCUCUCAUUAUUUUCCAAAAAAACAAAACCGAGCAUGGAACUUCAAUAAUAAACAUGUUUCUGCGAAAAAAAAUGCUUUUGUUUGUGUGUUUUGGCACAAAACCAUUCGGAGUUGAUGGAAAGUUUUCACACAGGGUCUCACUCAAAAAUGCUGCACUCAUGUAUAUGUUACACUCGAUAUAGAUUUCCUUGACUACAGCACCAGAACAUUUGUAUGUUUUUAUUAAUUCCCGUUUUACCAAUACAAACACACACAACAUGGAUGGAGUGAAAACACAGCAGACAUCCCAUUAAAAGGGUGUAUUGUACGAUUUGUGGGUUGACACAGAAGGAGGCCAUGUGUGGCAUGCUUGCAUAGGCCUGAAGCUUUCCGCAGCCCCUGACAGGAAACGCUGUUGCUUGCGUGCAGGAGGGUGUUUCCAUGGAAACCAAAGCAGGUGAGAGCAUUAACAGGAAGAAGAGUGGAGGCUCAGCUGGCAAAGACGAGGGGGGUGGAGACAGAAGAACGAGGUCAACUCGCUAAAAAGCCUGCCACUUUAAACAGCCGAAAUCUCCCAACGGCACAAAAACAACUCUGACUUAAAUACCUUUUGAAGGCUUGCCUGCAAGAAAUCUUAAGUCAAGGUUAAGUCGCUGACUGUUUUAAUGAUCCUCCUGUCUAAGCGUGGGCAAACAAAGAAAAAGAGGCACUAUGUGCAAGUCAGAGAGGGGCACGCUGCAGACGGCAAGGUUCCCAGGCUGACUGCAAUUGAGGAGCAUCAAUAUUCAUAUUCAAGGUGUCCAACAAGGAUUAUUUUCAGGAUUUGCAACCUCUUCGUGACCUCUUUGUGCAGAACAAACCAGCCACCAUGCCGAUCCUAAAACAGCUGGUAUCUGGCUCCUCCCAGACCAAGCGCCGCUCCCGCAUGGACCUGACCCGGGAGAUGAUCAGCGCUCCGCUGGGCGACUUCCGCCACACGAUGCAUGUAGGCCGCAGUGGCGACGCGUUUGGAGACACCUCCUUUCUCAGCACCCGCUCAGGAGAACCUCCCCCCGAGAACACUUUCUUCCCCCGCUCUCCACGUCCGGGCCUCCUGUCUCGCACCUUCAGGAGCAGCAAACGCUCCCAGUCGGUGACCAGAGUGGACCAGCAGAGAGACAACAUGUUGACCCCCGGUGGGUCGCCCACCUAUGUGAAGAACGCCAUGUCUCUGCCCUUCCUCAAUGAUGAGGACAGAGGGGACAGUCUGGUGGCAAAGAGUUUGUCCUCCAGUCCUUUAAAGCAGCAGGGGGAGGUGGACAGCAGGGGCGCAGCUGCAGCCGCUCACUUCCUGGAGCUGGAGGAGCGUAACUUUGGGGUGCUGACUGAGCUUCCGGAAAGCUCUCACCACUACGGAGGCGGCAUGAAGCACGCCGAGUCAGUGAUGUCUUUCCAUGUGGACCUGGGGCCCUCCAUGCUGGGGGACAUCCUGGGGGUGAUGGAGCAUGGGGAUGAUGACCUCGGCUAUGAGGAGGGCAAAAGCAGCGAGGGCCGCGCCUCGCCGCCUCUCAGCAUCCACGGCGAGGAAGAGGAUAGCAUGGAGAGAGAAAAAGACGAGGAUGCAGAGGAGGAGAUGGAAGCAGAGGAGGAGGAGGAGGAGGAGGAAGUGCAGCAGCAGGCCUUGAUGCAUCCAGCCAGCUCCGAAGAUCUCGGCCCUGAGAAUGUAGGUCCAUACACCCCCGAGUACACUCCCGAGACUCGUCCCAAACACUUGCAGCACCUGGACAGCUGCUCCAUGUCCAGCUCUGGUUCUGCCGCCCUGGAUGAGAAACCAAACAGCCAAACCUAUGCAGGAGACACAGACAGCGCCACCUUCAGUGCCCCGCCGGAGGAGGAGAGCAACUUCUCCUCCUUCUUGGAGGAUGAAGACGAUGAGAUCCGCGUAUGAAAAAAAAAAAAAAUAGGACAGAGCUCUGGAUGGGUUUUUUGUGAAACUAGCAAGUCCUUUGACAGUGUGGAUUUGCACUUGAACGGAAAUGAGACACUGUAGUCGGGUACUGUGGGAAUGGGACUGUGAGGGAAGACGGAGGACGCUUACUUUGUAGGUCUGCAAGGAGACAGUGACUGCUCCUUUUUGGAUGAGCCCAAACUCCAUCUGUCAGAGAGCCUUACCCUCCACUGUCUGUCAAUCCGUCUCUCCCUUUUGAACACUGAGGGAACUGACAUGGAAGAGCAGCCACUCUUUGAAUAUGGAACAUUCCAGAAGUAAGCAGGGAAGACGGGUUAGAAAGAAACUUUUAGGAAAAACACUUUCCAUAACUAAAGCUCAGUUCACGCUCUCUCUCUCUCUCUCUCUCUCUCUCUCUCUCUCUCUCUCUUUCUCCUCUUUCCUCUCACUUGACGCGUCACAUGUGCUUUUCUCAUUUGUUUCGCCUCUUUUCUUCUUGUGCUUGCUCUUGCUGGCUGUGGGACAUCAUGAGGUCUGAGCUGAACAGAAGGCCUCUGUCACCACAGGAUCACUGGUGGGUAUCUUGUCACAAUAAAGGGGGCUGUGUUUGUCACUGGAGUGUGAAGCCCUGCCUUGAGCCCCUUUCAUCUGGAAAUAUUAUAGUAAAGUGCCAUAGAUCUGUCGGAGUUUUCUCCCUUAUGUAACUCAGGGUCCUUGUGACGCUGCUCAAAGAACUGCCGUUUCCUGCUAUAAAGCUGGACCACAAAGCCCCAAAACCAAAAUUCUCCUCUGCUUUUAAUUCACUGCGGGCGCCACACAGGCUUAAGCCUCAGUGUAAAUUAGAGAAAAGCAGGGUUGUAAAGCUAAUGAAGAUGCAUCGGCCUAAAUUAAGUAUAAACCAUGGUGUUACUACAGGAAGCCAGAGGUGUGAGGAGUGUGUGUGGCACCCACUGGAGAGGCAUUGUACAUUCUUUGUUGUCUCUUUUCCAGUGAAAAGAUUCUAUUCUCUAGCCGUAAUGAUGAUUUUACAGAUUUUCUAUAACUGAGGUAAAUUGGCUAUCUUCCUCUUACUAAUCUGUCAUUUCAAGUUGAAACUGAAAAGCGUUUGAUAACCACUUCCUUCCUUGUUUUCAUACAUCCGAGCAGCUGCAGUGGUGCAACCGAACCGUGUAAAACAUUCUCAUUAGUCCAGGGGCUGUCUUUAUGUAUAAAGCAGUUUCCACUACUACUCAUGAGAAAGGCUUGAGGGUAUUUAUAAAUCAGUGCACCAACAGCAGCCGCAAUUAAACCAGACACUACUAGUAUUCUCUGUUUAUUACCUGUUGUUUUUUAUCUUUGGAAAAAAAAAAUCUUUGCUAUGUUUAUUUUAUGUCUGUUUAUAGAGUGGAUGAAAAAGAAAGACAGCCAGCAAUAGAUGCAAGAGCCUUAAAAAAAAAGAAAGAAAAGAUUGCUAUUUUUAUGCAAGUUGCAUAGUCAUUGCAGCUUGACUGUAUCUCUUGCAUCAUUAAAAGCCACGGCCAGAAGUACUGAGGCUCCGUUGCGCUGAUUGAUUUCUCUGCCUUAACUGAAACUGACAGAUGUGCCAAAUCAUAAUUUUCGAGCCAAAAAUAAUUUCAGUUGUAAAGCUCACUUUUGGGAGAGCCUGUCAAAUCUGUCUGUCACUUCUUUCUCUGUAUGGGUAAUCACUGUUGAAUUUAAGUUGAGGCUGAGUUUCAGCAAGGAGGUUAAAAAUAGAAAUAAAUAAUGUCAAAUCAUGCAGGAAAAAAAAAAAGAAUGGAUUUGCAUAACUGGAUAUUUAUACUCCCAAUUACUCAUACACUACAUGCUAUAUUCAGGUAAUUUCUAGGGUUAACAAUUGUGUGCGAAUGGGAACUUGUCUGUUGCCCUUUCUGUAUAAUGUUGUAUAUUAAGCCUUACUUCUUUACUGUUACCUUUUUCUGUAUUAUCCAAAAUAACCUAUAUUUUUCAAUAAAAUCCUGAACGUUU